ACAGCCUGUCGCUAUGGACAAGCAAGAUGAACUUCUGAAAGAGGCAGAGACACUGGCUCGCUAUAUGUCAGGAUAUCAACAUGAGCUCCCACCCAAUAUAAGCAAAACAUCACCAGCUCCAGAGGAAGCCAGGGAAGAGUUGUUGCAACAGUGUGAAGCGAUAUGGAAACAAAUGGAAGAGUGCCAAAGCAAACUGACAAUGUCGGGACCAGAAACGCUGCCUGAGACAGAUGUGCAGCUGUACUUGCUGAUGAUGCAAGUGAAAGCCCUCACUGCUGAAUAUGAACAGUGGCAGAAGAGAACACCUGAAAUAAUAUCUGACAACCAAGAUGUUCUGGGGAAAGAAGAGUUAGAGAAAAUAGCCCGAGAGCUUGAGAUGGUCCUUUCAUCAGUCCAAGCAAAGAACAAGAAACUGAAGAAAGACCUGGAGAAAAAUGCAGGGAAGACCACCCAACCUGAAUUGUUUGACAUGUUUAAUGCCUGUAAACGACAUACAGCUGCACAACAGAACUACCUAGAGCAAAACUGGUUGGAUGGUCAACAGAAAAUAGUUGAUGCUCUUACCUCCAGACAAGAUGAGCUGAAAAACCAACUUACUGCAUUUUCAGAGAAAAGGGUUUAUCAAGACAUUGCAGGUAAACUUUAUAAGGUGAGAGCUCACAAAGAGGAACUCUUAUCAGCACUGGGGGAUUUUCUAGAGGAGCAUUUUCCCCUUCCUCAAGAACAGGAGAACCAAAGUAAAAAGAAAAAGGGCCAAUCUGGGAAGAAAUCUGUCCAGCUGAUGACGUUGCAUGAAAUUUUAGAGAUCCUCAUAAACAAACUGAUGACCACGCCACAUGAUCCUUAUCUUGUCCUCAAACCACAUCACUGGCCUCCUUACAUUGAAAUGCUCUUGAGGUACGGCAUUGCCCUGAGACACCCAGAAGACACAAAGAGAAUCCGUUUAGAAGCUUUUCAUCAGUGA